CUGGCUUUGCUCACAGUUUUGUUUUAACCUUUUUUGCUGCUCUUUGUCAAUGCCCUCCUCACAGAGACCGGGCUCAUGCAUGAUUGAUGCAAGCAGCAUCCAACAUGCCCGUCGCCUGGUUCUUGAUCGACUACAUGGACGUACGCAGCUGCCAGAGCUGAUAGGACUCGAGACACCGCUGGACUUGGUCCACUCGCUGCUGGACCGGACCAUAUCAAGCCAGGAAGGAAACACUGCGCUACUCAUUGGACCUCGAGGCAGCGGCAAAUCAGCCAUCGUUGAGCGGGUGCUGAACAUGUUGGCCGAGAAGCACACCGAUCGCGCAGACUCACGCAGAUACCAUAUCGUACGGCUGAACGGGUUUGUACACACCAAUGACCGAAUCGCGCUGCGUGAUAUUGCUACGCAGCUGCUGAUAGAGCAGGACCUGGGUGAUGUGCUUGUCGGAUCAUUUGCAGACGCCUUCACGUAUAUCCUGAAUCUACUGCGUUCAUCAGGUGCUGAUGGUGAAAUGCCGCCGGUUAUAUUUAUUCUUGAAGAAUUCGAUCUCCUCGCGCAGCACCCCAAACAAUCUCUGCUGUACACACUGUUCGAUAUUGCCCAGAGCCAGCAGACACCGAUUGCGGUGCUUGGUGUCUCUGCGCGCAUCGAUGUGAUCGAUUUGCUGGAGAAACGAGUAAAGUCGCGCUUCUCGCAUCGCCAGAUUUACGUUCAGAAUACUGCGAACCUCGAAGAUUUCGAAGGAAUUGCCCGUACUGCACUGCGGAUCAACUGUGCCGACGAAAAGCUCAGUGCAGCUUUUUCUAACGAAUUUAACCAUCAGGUCGACAAUGUUCUUGCAGAUGAGCAGGUAUCCGCGUACAUAUCAGACGUGUUCGAUUUUGGCAAAGAUGUUCGGCAAUUGCUGCGCACAUUUGUACUCGCUGUCAGCCAUCUCUCAAUCAGAAGCCCUUUUAUUGUGGUUUCAGAUGUACUGGCAGCUAUAGCACGCGAGCGGUCUUCGGCGAAGAUGCUGGUUCUGAGCAACAUCUCACUGCUUGAGCUCUGCUUGAUAAUCGCCAUGAGGAGCCUUGUCAAAGGCGGCAACACCAAGUAUAACUUUGAGAUGAUCUACAACGAGUACAAAUCAUUCAUGUCGAGGCAUAUCACAGCAGCGACCUCUGGAGGCUCGAUGAAAAUCUACAAAAAAUCAGUUGCGCUCAAGGCUUUCGAGACGCUGGUCGGGCUGGAAAUUGUGCGGCCGGCGACUAUCACGAUAUCGUCAGCUAGCAAUUCCCGGAAUGAUCUUCUGGCUGGCUCGGUACAAGGGACUCGCGCUCCAAAAGAGUAUCGCAUGGUUCAGCUCAUGUUGGAGCCAGGCCAGGUCUCAGAUUUGGUUGGUGAGCGUGCUGGUGUUCCAGUGGUAAUCCGGCGCUGGUCACAACAGUAAAAGGCAAAUUAUUGAAUAAACCACCUUAUAACUGGC